UUACCCAAACAAGAUAACACAACUUGAUAAUGAAGAACGAGAUUGUUAUACCGAUUAGAUCACUGAAGUGUGUACCAAUUCUUAUUCGGGUUUAGUUCGGGCAACAUUGGUUUUCUUAUACCGGAGAAGACUGACAGCAAGUCAUCGGAAUCCAAAAAUGUUUCUUUAAGAAAAUAAUCCAACGAGAGACAAAUGUCAACUUCCUUUUCAUUCACCAAUCUCUCCAAUUUGGCCUUCACGUGCCUCCCUCUUCUCUUCUCUUCUCACAGCCCAAAGCCCAGCCACUGCCAGACCGAAGCCCCAAGCUCUCCACUUCCCUCCUCUCGACGAGCUUCUCCUUUUCCCCAGACACCGCCAUGAAAACCAGACGAAAACGACCCACAUUCUUCCCUCAAACCUCCUCCCGUACCUAAAUUCCCCAACCCCCACACUCUCAACGGAUCCCCCCCCAUUUUUAGCCAGAAUUCCCAAAAAUCGCAAGAAACAAGAUGGCGCAGAUGUGCUAUGUGGGUAAAGCUACCAAGAUCUUCAUCUUCAUUGUCGCCGUCGCGGUGGUCGCCGGCCUCAUCCUGGCUUUCGGCCUCUUCCGCCGCGGCGCCUCCCACCAAUCCCGCCGCCAAUGCUCCCCUGAAGACGAAUCCUGCUACUCUCCCCCUGCCCCCGCCGCCGUCUUCGCCAAUCCCAAUCCGUCUACUCCCUCAUCCCCCGGUAGUAGUUCCAGUCCCAUCUCUGCCCAGCCCAGCCCUCCUACCCCUGAUUCCGGCAACCAGCCACCGCCAUUCUCUCCUCCCUCCGGCCAAUUGCAAACUCCAGUUCCUCCUCCUCCGCCGGAAGCAAGCUCAAACCUUCCUCCUUCGGAAUCGUCUUCCUCUCCCCCACCGCCUGUGCAGGAGACUGCGUCUCCGCCGCCGCCUCAGCAGCCGCUGCCCAUUUCUCCGCCGCCGCCUAAUGCUCCGGCUAUCACGGGAGCUCCGCCGCCAUCUUCGUUGAAUCCGCCGAGUGGGACGGUGUUAGUGGCUCCGGGUCCGGUGCAUGCUUAAUCGAAUCCAUUGAUUCGCCAUUGUUUUUUCAUUUCCCCCGAUUUCUUCUUGUUCACUGGAUGGUAAAUUGAAUAUCUUGGAUUGGAAUUUCAGAUUUGUAUAGCCAAUUGAGAUGUGGAUUGAAUGAGAUCGUUGGUGCUGACUUACUCUAUUGGGUUUCUUCCUUUCUCUUCACUCUGUCUGUGGUUGGGGUUGCAAAUUAGAACUUUCACUCCUUCAAAUUUUCGCCUUACGUAGUUUUCGUCCGCGAAGUUUUGUGAGUUGCACUUAGGUCCGUGGAAUUGAACAUUUGGGGCUUCCGAGGUUGAAUAAUUUGGGAAGUUGAAA